GGACAACGUGGUCUGGAUUUGCUGGACAGGAGCCUGGAGCCUUGAUACAAAGCGUUGGGCGACGAUGAUUCAGUUUCACAUGUGAAAACACGUCAUGGCGGGCAGUUCGGUGUCGCUGGCCAUCUCACCAUCCCAUUCCACAUCCACCACACCAUUUUCCAUCAUUGGCAAAUGCCCGCCUUAAUGCCAGGAACCCGGACGCGUACCUGCAUCCUCCCUCCCCGUUCCAUUCUGUCUGGUUCCCUGCUCCUGGCCGCUUUUUUCUCUUCUGACUGUGUUUGACUUUCGCCCUCGACCCUGAAUUCAUGGAGCACGACGUGAAGCCGUCACUCGUCGCAUCCUUUACACCGCCUUCUCGGCCUGCCGCUCCGACUGCCCUGCGAGAUGCUCUGGAGCUCGAAUAAAGAGAAUGCAUCUGCUUCCGAGGAUGAAAAAACUGUUGGGGACUCGGAUGACGAUGCCCCAAAGGAAAUUGUUCUUGCGCAGCCGCAGCAGGGACGAACGCUUCUGCCUGCGCCGGCCGCUGCCAUCGUCAGUGGCGUCACCGGCCUGACUUCCUUCUACGUUCGCGGUGCAACAAAAGUCGGGGGUUGGGGGCUGUACGCUGGUAGGGAAGCUACACUGAAAACAUUGGCCGUCAGUCGCAGCGCGUUGGAGUCGAUCCUGGUCGCCGCAGGACGGGACGUGUCGACACGAAGCAAUGGCGACCUGGGGCGGGCGGAAGCUGAGAAUCUGCUGGAGAGGAGUAUCUCUGCGCUGCAUUCGACCAUCUCAACUACCUCUUUUGUCGCCUCGACGGGCUUCCACCUCACAGAAGCGUUCAUGAACUCUAUAUCUGGCCUGUCCAUCCAAGGCCUGGCUACGCUCAAUGCUAUCCUCGGCUCUACCGAAUCCUCCCGCGCCGUCGCCGCAAUCAUCACGCUGAUCAGAGACGAGCUCAACAAGCCCGAAGUGGGUGGAAGCGGCGAGGUGGUGACAUAUCUGGACCUCAUCAUUGCCACCAUCGGAUUUGUGAUGCUCCAGAGGUGGGGCAGGCGCAAGACGGAACUGGACUUUCGGGAUGCCGGCGGUGAAGAAACUAUCUGGGACGCAGUCAUUGAUGACAAGGGUUUCCGAGCUGACGUCGUUGGCACAAGGAAGAAAGGCGUGAUCAGCAUACACGCCAAUGCUGGUGGGCCGCCAAUGGCAUUCACUUCUCCGGAUUGCGAUGAUGAUUUUGAGGCCUUGGAAAGGGGCACGACGUUUGAUGCUCAGGCAGUCACAUUGUCAGCGGAGAACCAGACCAAGCUGACGGAGGAAGAAAUUCGUGAGCGGAUCAUGAGCCAAAUACCUUCUGGAGCUCGAGCGGUAAUAACAUCGGAGACCAUCACCGCCAAAACAAUCCGGGUUGACAUCUACGACACUGAAACGACUCAUAUUGAACCUCCGCCGGGAACUAUUAUGGUCGCAGAAAGACUGAACCAUGAAAGCUCGACAAACGGCAACCAGGUUGGGCCUCAUCAAACAGUCAUAUUUCGCACGGCUUUGAAGCGAUCGAGCAGCAGGGAGAAACCGUCUUCUACCGAGCAACUGCGAUUGACAGGCCAUGACGGCUUUGCCCAUGACCACCCUGACACCGACGAUUUGCUUAUGAUGAAGACUGCCUCAAAACGAAUCUCUAUCGUGGAUGAACCAAUCCAGAUAGACAACGGCACUUUCUCCAGUUCAGACCGUGAUGAGUCGGCGAUCGAAUCAUCCUCACCACCAACUUCUUCACCUCCGAAGCUCCUAAGCCCUCUUGCAAAUCAGAAAAAGAGCCGCCGGCCAGUCCUUGGCUCAAGCAAGUCCUCGUCCAACGCAAACGGUGCCAGUCGAAUACCCCUUGUCAAAGGUAAAAAGGACAAGUCACCUCCGGUCGCUAAGAGUGACAGGGGUGGUGUUAUAAAGAAAGCACUGAAGACGCUCAGCCCGAGCCAGUCGUCAGCAGCGGUAAAGGACCUUCAAAAAGCACCACCACAGCAACGAAAACCAUCGACCUCGCUUACAGUACAGCCGCCCAAGUCUAGGGCGCCUUCGACAAAUCGCGAGGAUGUUACGCCGAGGAGAACUUAUGCUUCGUUGAGCCAUGGUCACACACCCUUGACAAGUCCGAGCUUACAUCGGGCCACCGAGUCAUCGACAAGCUAUUUUGCGUUGCACGACAGGAGAAGAGACUCUAUUGUCUCGCAGACGACGGAAACAUAUUCUAUACAUUCGCACGAGAGUCGGCCAGGUUCCCCUACAUUCACUAGGACUCGUACCCGAGUUGUGAAUGGGUUGACGCAGACGAGAUCGGAGCUCGGACUGGCACUGGACGAAACUGAAGCCAGGGUCGACCCAACCACAGGCACAGUCCAUCAUAGACGGUCUCGGUCUUUUGUUCCCAGUCUAUAUUCGAUGGCGACGAAGGAUUCCACGGAAGCCAUCCUCUUGGCGCCGAAGACCCCUCUGCCUCGAAAAUCCAUUUAUGAGGACCAUAGUAUAUUAGCUGCUCUCAUCACGAAUGGCAAGGUGCCAGGUAUCUUCCCUGAUCGUCAUCUUGUCAAAACAAUCCGACGAUUUGCAAGAUUCGCGUCGGCUUCAUAUGGCGCAAACUUCCUCCGAGUCAUGGGCUUGACAACGGCGGAAGAUGAGCUUAGCAAGUCGACAGAGCUUAUGACCCUCGACGUCCACCAUGAACACAGCUCAUUUUCAAGCCACACAGGUCUCCCUCCUGACACCAUUCUAUUGUCAUCCUUCUUUGAUCCACAGGGGGUCACUGGCAAUACUGACUGGUCUCCCUCGGCCAUAUCACCCUUGAUCCAUUUCAUUUCGAUCGACGACGAUUCCAAAGCCGUGGUCCUGACCUGUCGCGGGACGCUUGGCUUCGAAGAUGUUCUGACAGACAUGACGUGCGACUACGACGAUUUGCUGUGGCAAGGGCAGUGGUACAAAGUCCACAAAGGCAUUCAUGCAUCGGCAAGACGACUGUUGGGUGGUAGUGGAAGCCGUAUCAUGGCCACCAUCAGAGCCACCCUUGAACAAUAUCCCGAUUAUGGUCUUAUUCUUUGUGGGCACUCCCUGGGAGGUGCAGUUGCGGCCAUUCUCGCCAUUUUGAUUGCAGAACCAUCGUUCGACGAAUCCAAGACCUCCUUCGUUACCGGCAACAGGCCUAAACUCCUUACCCACCAAACCACCAACGAGUCGUUCACUUCCUACGUCCCUCCCAUCAGUCUUCCGGCGGGGCGCCCAAUCCACGUCUACGCCUACGGCACACCUGCAUGCAUGUCGGAGCUUCUCCGUGUCGCCACCCGUGGCCUCAUUACCACCGUUGUCAACCACGCCGACAUUGUGCCCUGCCUCUCCCUAGGCAUCCUCCACGACUUCCGCACCGUGGCAUUGCACCUCAAACACGACACGACGGACGCCCUCGGUGCUCUCAAAACCCGGGUUUGGAGCCGUCUCAAAAGUGCCGUCAAGUCCGCGUUCUACAACAACCCGAAAGGACCGCCUCCACCAGAAAACAUAGCAGGGGAUGGUCUCGGCGAGGACACAUGGGCGUGGUCGGCACUGAAAAUCCUGCGCGCGGCAAUGGUGAAUGACAAACUGGUUCCUCCGGGAGAAGUGUUCGUCGUGGAAACGACCCGCGUCUUCGACCGACUGGACCCCGACGUGGCGCGCGAGGCUGUUUUCGGACCCGACGACUCAAAGGACGACCGUACAGAAAAGCUUUAUAGAGCCCUUGGUCGGCCGGCCACGAGAGUGCAGUUCAAGCUGGUGCGGGAUGUGGAGAGGCGGUUCGGCGAGCUGCGAUUUGGGAGGGAUAUGUUUGGCCACCACAGCCCAGGCAGAUACGAGGCCAGCCUUGCGGCGUUGGAUAGAGGGAUUUGUGAAGAAUGAGUUGGAAUGUGUUUUUGAUGGUUUUUCACGACGUUACGAUCUACUAUUAGAAAUGUUCGUGGUGGGUUCUCUUCAAAAAGCGAAAAUUGGUUCAGAUAUUCCAUGUAAUCUCAUCUGUUCUUGUUGGUACGCCGCAUGACGUGACGAGAUACUCCUUCCAAUAUGGAAGUAUGAAGAGGGAAGCUAUUCUAUUUGUCACCUGUCGCUUUCCUUGGCCUGGGCCCUGCAGGUUGUGUGCAUACCCAAGCCUCUUUACCAAGCCAAAGGGCCUGAGACUAGGUGUUUGUAGCUCGGACUUGAACGGGCAAGCAACCCUCCUCUCCUUUGUCUCUUUUCCGCAGAGGUCUUUGAAGAUACCACGGAUACAUAUACGCUACGCGCACCCGUGUGUAGUGUGAGAUCUUGAAUAAAUCAAUGAAGUAAUCGC